CUCCUCGAUAGCUUACAAAUCAAAAGCUUCAAUUCAAGACCUUCUCUAUCUCCGAUGGCUCCGAAGAAGCUUCUAGAUGACCCACCUGUGGUGGAAGACUCCGAUGAGGAAACUGUCGACGAGGAAACUGUCGACGAAGAAGCAGAGGAAGAAGACGACGCCGUUGAAGCUGAAGACGGCAAAGCAAAAUCGGGAGAUGAUAACCAUGACGGUGAUGAAGAAGAAGGAGAAGAAGACGCUGACGAGGAGGACGAAGACGAAGACGAAGAGGACAAUGAGGAAAAGAAAGAGAAGCCCUCUUCUAAGAAGGCCCUAUUAACUUCUUCAUCGGCGGUUUCGAAUUCAAAUCCCCAAUGGCCAUCUGCCUCCGAAGACGAUUCCGGAUCCGGGUCGGAAACAGAGUCCGAAAACAACAGCCAAUCACCAUCAGCUUCCGACUUCACCGUCAAGCCUAUUGUUUCGAAGCCCAUGAACGACACCGUCAAGACCAACAAGAAGAAUGCUCCGGCGAAGCCCGCGCCGGCAUCCAAUUCCGGGUCAAAGCGCCCAGAGACCGAGCCCAACAAGAAGAAUGUUCCAUCAUCGUCCAAUUCCGGGUCAAAGCGCCGGGCGGAGACCGAGCCCAACCCGAAGGACUCUAAGAAGAAGAAGGUCGUGAACAGUGGCGAUGACGAUGAUGGGAAAAAGGGACGGCUUUGGAGCGAAGAUGAUGAAAUUGCGAUCUUGAAGGGCAUGAUAGAGUACCAAGUCAAAAAUGGCCCCGUAACAAAUUCGACUAUGGGCGCAUUCCAUGAGUUUAUCAAGAAAAAAUUGCAGGUCGAUGUAAGCAAGCUGCAGUUGAGCGAUAAGAUCAGGAGGUUGAAGAUGAAGUACCAGAAGAAGGGAGAGAAUGGCGAGGAUCCGGUGUUUUCCAAGCCCCACGAAGUCAAGUCCUUUGAUCUAUCGAAGAAGGUUUGGGGUGUUGAGGCUAAUGGGGUCGAUGAUAAUGCAAAGGACAGCAAGAGGAAGCCAAGGAAGAGCAAUAAGGUUGACAAAGCUACAGUCUUGGCCUUGCCUGUUUCAGAUGUAGCACCUGUUUCAGAUGUAGCUGAGAAGAAAGAGGAGCUUAAUGUAGCUAAUGGUGGAAUUAAGGCUGACCCAGUUGACUUUUGGUCUAAAUACCCAUGCCUGAGUGGUUCUUUGGGGUUGGACAAUUCCACACCGAGGUCAGAUUUAACUACCCUUAUGAUUCAGAAAAUGCCUUUGAUUGGGAAAUCGAAGGCUAAAGAGUUGGAGGGUAAGUGGAGGGCCUUGCAGCUCAUUGAAAUGGAGUUGUCUGUCAAGAAGCUUGCUUUGAUGCAGGAACAGGCUAAAUUUGUAUUGGAUUCAAUGAAGUCUUCGGAGGAUUAGAGGUUACUUUGAAGGUAAUUCAUGGUUUUUCUGGACUUUUUGUUAAUAUUUGAGUUGAAAACUUAGUGGUAUUUUCUUCAGAUGGAAGUUGUUUUGUUUUAGCCAUUGGGUUCUCAAAUUUUGAUAAAGAAUAUUGUUUUGCUAUUAGCCUAAGGUAUACCAUAUGUUACAUGGAGAUUAUUUCCGUAUAAUUCAAGUAAUUUCUUUAUGGUAUUUUAGCUCUGUCUUUUGCAAUUUAUUUUGAGACUGGAUGGGGUUUGAUAAAUAGUCUUGUUGAUUGGAAAAUAUGAUGUUAC